UGUCGGUUUUUUGGUUUACAGUCGUCCACCAUUGUACGCCCCUGCGCCACCGCUGCUAUAAUAAUAAUAAUAAUAAUAAUUAUUAUUAUAAAUAUUAUUAUUUCGUCGCAUUGUUGACUGUUGUAUUUUAUGAACGUUCCGCCGGUAGAUGCAUUUCCUUCCGUUGCCGCGUGCACCCGCACAUUAGCAUUUUCGAACCAAUCCGUGGCGCCCUGAUCGUCGGUUGUUGUUGUUGUUGAAGAUUCGCACGUUUCAGCAGUAGUCAACGCUGAUGAUUGCGUCCUUGUCCGCUAAGUAGUCUCCUCUCUCGACACAGUCGCGUGUGAUCCCAUCGCGUAGGAUGCGCCCUUAAAUAUGUGAAUCGUCCGUUGUGUCGGACAUGCGUCAAACCAUAAUAUGAGCAACACCAGACUUGAUCUUAAAGUUGACAAAAGUGCUAUCAUCAGUUUUGGUAACAUCUAUUUACCAUGUUCACGGUGGGCGUGAAUGACAGUAGUUGUCCAUCGAUAGCUUUAAAUCAUGAUCAAUUAAUUGAAUUUUUCCCCACUGCAGUUCAAUUUAGUAAACCAAGUGCUGACAGAUUAAGGCAACUAUUUAACAAAAAAUCACCACCUGGUGACGGUGCUAUAGACUACAGACCAGCUUUCAUAUUUGAGUCUAAGGAUCCUAAAAAGCAAUUGAGUGCAGUCAUAAUAAUGCCUAUGCGUCAUAAUAUUUUCAAUAAUCCAAAUAUAUCAAUUACUCCUAGUUCACCAUUACCAAAACAACCUCCAAUAGCUUCUGCCAGCCGACCAUCAUGGACUAUGCCAGUAUCACCACCAAUUUCAAUUGUACCUGUGUCUUGUGAGCCAGACAAAUUAGUUACAAAUAGUAAGGAAACUCAAAAAAAUUCCAAAAGAACUGCUCCCUAUCAAAUUUCUAAUCGGACAAUUAAACAACCUAGACUUUCUAUUACUAAACCGACCAAUGCUCGAAAAGAUUAUAAGCCGCCUACAAAAAGUGUUUUACCAAACCAAGUUUUAAAUUAUCAAACAAAGAAAAAUGAUACAAUAGUUUCUAGUAUUAAUGUAGCUACAUCUAUUCCUUCAACAUCGAAUGCUGUAAUCCAACCUACACAAAAAGCCAAUUGUGCACAAUCUACAAACGAAGAACCACAACCAUCAAGCUCAGAAUUGAAUUGUAAGGACAAUUCUUCACAUGUAAAUAAUGAUAAAAAAAAAGAGAAUGGAUUGCGCAAGAAAUUUAGCUUUCAUAAAGAUGAGCUCCAGUUGAAAGUUCUAGAAAGCAAGACAGUUGAUGAUACUAUUGUCCCAGAACAGGAAGUAAUGGAAUUCAAAGGUAUUGAUGAAAUAUUUGAAUUCAGAAAAUCCAUGUUAUUGAAUGAUAUUAUUAUUGCCAUGGGUACAGCCAUGAAAAAGAAUAUGGAUGUUGAUGAAUUUGACCAUUUACAAAAAACUUCAAAUACCUUAAAAUCCUGCAAAUAUAAUUGGUCAAGUUUACCUUCAACUAGUUCUAAGAAAAGUCCAACUAGUCAAAAUAAUAUUAAUUUAAUAAAUCAACCUAAUCAAGUCUGCGUACAUAAAUCAUUGAAACAAGCAAUCAUACAACCACCAUCUAAACAAACUAAUAAAUUAUCAAAUAGCACUAAACAACAGUCUACUUCAACAAAUAUAUCUUCAAAAAUACAACAUCCUACAAUUAAUCAAACUGAACCAAAACAUCAUGUAUCUAAUAACCUACACAAUAAUACUUCUCUAAAACAUACUAAGGCUGCAGCAACACCCAUUCAAACAUCAAAUAAACAGAUAAUCAACAGUAACCAGCUUCCUGCAUCUUCAAAACUUGUAUCAACCACUAAAAAAGUGGUUAAUUUAUAUCAAAAUGUGAAACCAGCAACCGCACAUCAGCCAUCAGUUAAAGAUGUAAAAAAAUGUAUCAAGUGUAAAGCUUUUUCAGAGGAUGAGACAUGUGCAGCAUGUCAUAUGUCUUCUCAUUUAAAAAAUGUUACAGUCACAAGGAUUGAAACUCCUAGUACUUCUGCUGCUGUAGUUCCCGAGAGUCCUAUUAUAACACACAUUAGACCUAUUGAUGUUCCUUCAAGUUCUAUAAAUUCUGUUUCAUCUCACGAUCAAUGUGUUGUGGUAUCAUCUGGAGAAGAAGAGGAGGAAUCUCUGGAACCCAUUAUUACUAAAGUCGAGACAAAAGAAGCAUUAAAGAAACAUACUGACAAAUUAUGUUUGAAUCCUAAACUUUUGGAAGAUAGGUUAUGGCAGAAAGACUUGAGUGUUAAAGAUUAUUAUAAAAUUGAGGAUUGUCACUCUGUACACAUUGGUAGUUUUAAAACUGUACCGGCACCUUCUGGUGAUAUGUUAGUUUGUUUGCAUGGAAUACGUAUGACUGUAAAAGGUCUUGAACCAGAACCAGUGACUAUUGAUUUACAAAUGGACAAUGUUGUAAAAAUUUUGGGUUAUUAUGGAGAAAAUCCUUUAAUUAUAAUUUACACUAACCAUCUAGCUGCAGUUGGCAUUCAGCAUUUAUUAAAUAUGAAUGAAGAUGACAAAAACCACUUCUACGAUCCAUUAAGUAAAGAUGUCACACUAAACAAAAUUGUUUGGUUUUUUAAUUUAAAAAGACCCGAGAUACAGCACUUGGAAAAAUUACUAUUAAAAUUAUCUAAAAGAAAGUAUGCUCCCUUGACAUUAAAUCAAGUAAACAAAAUUCUUUGCUUAAAGAAAAAUGAUGAGGAGGAGAUUAAAAAACUUGAAAAAGAACAACAGGAAGAACACGAUAAAAGAGUAAAUAAUACUACAAUACUUGAAGAUAAAUUAGGCGAGAGAUUAUCAGUUAUCAAAAUUAUGGAUUAUAAAAUGUUGAAUUCAAAUGAAUUUGUAAAUGAUAUUCUUAUUGAAUUUUAUUUAGAUUAUUGGUAUAAUCACAAAUUAAGUGAUGAAGAUAGAAACCGAACGUAUGUAUUUAGUACAUUUUUUUAUACAAAUCUGGCAAAAUCAUUUAAUACCUCGGACUAUCCAUCACACUACACGGCAUCACAGAUAAGACAUGCAAAAGUAAAAAAAUGGACUAAAAAUGUAGACAUAUUUAAGAAAGAUUUCAUUUUUGUACCAAUAAAUGAAAAUUACCAUUGGUUUAUGGCAGUUAUAUGUUAUCCUUACCUAACAGGUAAAGUUAAUAUGAAAGAUGGAACACCAGUAAAUGCACCUGAUGAUAAUACUGGUCGAUAUCAACUGCCACCAACCGAUUCCACUGCCGUUGAUCGUAUUGAAGCUGAUCCUAACGUUGAAGAUCUUUGGUUGUUCGAUUCGACAUCAACUCAAAACUAUGCAGAUAAACAUGGUGUUGAUUAUGAUACUGAUGUUGCGGUUUUAAAGAAAAGCAAAAAUUUACUAGUUAAACGGCCUUGUAUUUUAUUGUUUGAUUCGUUGUCUGGUGGGGUUGGCCGUGCUAGAAUCACAGCCACACUACGUGAUUGGUUAGAACAAGAAUAUUUUGCUAAAUACGGCAAAAAAAGAGAGUUUCACCCUAGUAUUAUAAAAGGAUCUUUAGUUAAAAUACCUCAGCAACCUAAUUAUACAGAUUGUGGCCUUUUUGCAAUUCAUUAUUUUAAAAGGUUUUUUGAUAGGCCAAUUGUAGACUACACUUUACCGAUUCGUCAUUUAGAAAAUUGGUUUUCUACUGAUGAAGUGGCUAAGAAUUGCCAAAAAAGAAGAGAAUUACAAAGUAUUAUACUGCUUAGGAUGAAAGAGCGAGGAUCUGUUUUGCCAGAAGAUAUAGAAUUGCCAAUUCUCAAUUUUACUGACCCUCCUGUUAAAACACCACAAAACCCUAAUCAAAAAAAUACACAUCCAUCUGAUGUAGUAAACUCGACAAAUCGUAUUAAUUCGUCAAAUUCCAAACCUUCAACUUCUCAUUAUCAACAAAUUCCGUCACAUAAGUAUCAAAAUCAUGUUACGCAUAAUAACAGCAGAUAUCAAAAUCAUCAGUAUUAUGAUGAUCAUAAUUAUGAGUCAGAAGAUGAAAGCGAAAUUGAUGAAGAAGACAUUGAAAGACAAUAUAAUGAAAAUGAUCAUUAUGAUGAAGGAUUUCCUGAAGAAUUUCCUGAAUCAUUUAAUGUAGGAAGUCAAAGAGAAUAUUAUACCGAAAUGGUAGGAAAUACUCAGCAAAUAGAUGACGAAAACCCUACUUCUCAAUUACCUGAUGUUAACAAUGUAUCGUUUAAUGAAUAUAAUCGUAUACAUCCUAACAAUGGGAAUAUAGUUGUCAAUGUUAAUCAUCUUCAUGCUAGAUUCGGCAAUCGCAGAAAUCUUAUUAAUAUUCAAAACAUUUCUAACGCAAACUUCCAUUCAUUUAGAUCAAACAAUCAUACUAUAGUAUUCAAUAAUGUUGAAGAUGAGUAUCCAGAGUAUGAAAUUGAUGGUGAUGAUGAUGAUGAUGAUGAUGAAGAAAUAGAUGAAGAUGAAGAAGAAAUCGAAGAUGAAGAUGAAGAUGAAGAUGAUGAUUUUAAUGAGCCCAAUUCAACAACAAACCAUAAUAGACGUGAUAAUCGUUUUAAUCAUAGUAGACUAUCAAAUUAAAUUCAAUGAAAAUAAAUUGAUUAAAAAAAUGUUAUAAAUAAUCUCAUUAAAACGUUAAGACCAGUUUGACGUUAUUUAAAAUUGUAAAUAUUAUGAUAUAUUUUUAAGUAACAAAAUUACUUAUAUUAAUAUAAGAAAAGGAAAAAAUACUGAGAUUUAUUAUUUAAAAAUAGAUAUUUGAUUUAUUAAUGUUCAUUCCAAUUUUUCUGCUUUAAAAGCAGUUUUUAAGAUAUAUUUUAUUUGGGUCAUUUAAAUUUGAUAUUCUUUUGGUUAGAAUUUGUUUUGACAUU